GUUUAUGUGUGGAGUGUUUCACAAUUUUGUUUUGGUCAUUUAUUGUUCCUGAGCAUUUGGCUUGGGUUUUCAUUUUUAUUACUAUAUUUUGAGUCCCGCGUGCAAGUUGAAGUCAGUACUGGGUAUUGGUAAAUGGUAAGUCUGGCGUCCCACGACCCAUGAAAAAAUUCCACAAGAAGUAUUCUAGUGGAACCACAAGAAUGCAGCUAUGGGGACGCCAGACUUAUUAAUACCCAGUACUGUAUAGGGACCUUCUGAGUGGCUUGUCCUUGGGUUAAUAUCUGCUGGGAUCCAGGCAGCGCUCAGUGUCAGAGCGCCGCACCUGUCAGCCGACCGCCGCUGUGCCCUGGUGGCGCCAUGUGGCCGCCGGUGUACGCACACCACCACUCGUCGCGGUGCCGGCCGCCCACCAAGCCACUGGCGCCGCUCCAGUGGACCUAUGAAAUGCGCCGCGAGAUGCAGGAAAUCCUGCCGGGACUCUACCUCGGACCGUACAGCUCUGCCAGCCGGAAUCAGUUGGAGCGUCUCCAGCAGACGGGCAUCACACACAUCGUCUGUGUCAGACGGAGCGUGGAGGCGCACCUGAUUCGGCCCAACUUUCCCAACCAGUUCCAGUACCUGGAGGUGGAGCUGGCCGAGUCGCCCGAACUGUGGGUCCUCUCGCACGUUCCGCGCGUCACCGCCUUCCUUGACGACGCACUGUGCUCCGGCGGACGGGUGCUGGUGCACGGCAACCUGGGCGUCUCGCUCUCCGCUGCACUCAUUGUGGCUUACGUGAUGCGCCGUCUCUCGCUCAAUCUCUCCGCUGCCAGCGGGGUGGUGACGGCACGCCGCGACUGCGUCCGGCUCAGUCCCGACUUAGUGCGUCAACUGCACGAGUACGAGCCCAUCUGCCGGGCUGAGAAGGCCUUCCUGGCCGGCCACGGCAGCAGCGGACGAUGCCGCGCCAAACGCACCUGCGACCAGCUGGACGACGAGCCUGAGCCCAUGGACAUGACGUCCGCGUGAGCUAAGUGGCGCGUGAGCUACGUGCGCGUGAGCUACGGGAGUGUGAGCUGUUACCGCGCUCGUGCGUUGUGGCUGGCGUUGGCGCGGCGUGGCACGCACACAACGCGAUUGGUAGGCUGUAGAGUUGCUGCUCGCGCUUCGGCCGAAGCCGGGGUUACCUUUUUGUACAGGUAGGUUUUCAUAGGGUCUGUGGAAGGGUUUUCACAUGAUGUGGGGAGGGAUUUUGUAGGUUUCGGAGCUGGGGUGGCGAGCUAGGUUUCGCAGAGGCUCUGACUCUUUGGGACGGAUAAUGUCGAUGUCGGCAUGCAGCGUCUGGCCCCGGCGUGCUGCAGGGCAGCAGGGGACGUUCGCUGAGGGUACGGCAGACUGUGUCGGUGCGGUGGAGCUUCCUGAGGGGACGGGCGUGGCGUAGGGCGUUCUUGGGUGUUUCUACACGCUACGGCAGCAGGACUGCCGACUGCUACGCUUGCCGAAGACUGGAUCGCGAUGGCGCGAAUGCCACCUACAUCUCGCUCCCCGUCCGGCAGCGGUGGACUGUCGGUGCUGGCCCAGGGGGCGCCAACCGGAGCCGCCACUGUGCUUCCGCUGCUAACAGCCCGAACUGUAGGCAGAAGUAACGCAUUCAUCACGCAGUGGUGUCCGCUGAGCUGACUUUGAGUGCACACAGACGUGGACACCUGUGCUCCACCAGUAGCAGAGCCGCUUUCACUGCCGAAAUGCCGUCCAGACGGUGUGGGACGCUGUCCGGACGUCCCUGCAAGUCCGUAGUGGGGGGAUUCUAGGGGUCCUGACCCCGGGGGCUUGGGUUAGGACUCAUGCGAGUCUGGGACCCCAGCGCGGUCAGCGGGUUUAGCGAAAGCCGUCACCCUUUAGCCCUAGAAGUUUGAAAGGGAAUGGUGGCUGGGUGGCUGCUCCGUUUGGUGCAGAGCACACCGAUUAGUUUGCUUUCAUGGUGUAGAAUGCCGCCUCGGCUGUUUGCGACUGCAUUACCAUACCUUCUCACCAUUGUUUUCACAUUUUGUACCUUGUUCGAUAGUUUUCCCCAUUUCUCGACGUUUUGUCAUAUUCUUUGCGUAGUGUGUUGCGUUGUUUUACAUCCCUUGCGUUACACGUAAAAGCCCAUUUGGCUUAGUUUAGCUGUUAAUUUUCACCGUUUAUCGUUUUGUACGCCACACUUCCACAAGAGCAUCUUUAGAUCUGAUUUGUGGUUUGAGUUGACCACGUUGUAUCUCGAUAAGUUUUGCGACUGUACGCUGUCUCUAGCUCAGAUAUCAUGCACAUUUUCAUGUUUCGCUCACCAUUAUCCGUAGCUGUUGAUUCGCACCGUUGAUCGGUUUUGCACCAUCCAAAGUACCCACAUUACGUAGUUACCCCACGGCAGGUAUUGGCUGUACAACUCUUGUGGUCGGUCCGGGACUUUGUGUGCGUCUUGUCUCCCGAUGAGACGGGUUAUUUAUUUGCGUGGUGCGUCUCUCAGGUCGGGAGUUAGGGUGAGUGGUCUGCCGCUUUUGUCAAAACGAGUGGGAGUGUUUGAGCUAUGGAGGGUACGUCCUGGAUGGGUGUGUCUGUAAAGAGCUCUUGUACAUUUGGUGAGUGUGUGGGCUAGCCAGUUUCAGCGUGACGACUUUCAGAGUUUGUAUUUUUCUACUCGUGCGUUGCGUAAUACACACAAUGACGACCCGUUU